UCUUUCGUGCGCUGACGCUCUCUUCCGGUUUUGCUGGCUCCAGAAAGGUUUUAGGGAUGCAUAUGAUGAAGCUGCUGGCAUUUGUGCUGUUGGCUCUAUUUGCUGUCACUCAAGCAGAGGAAGGGGCCAGGCUUUUGGCCUCCAAAUCACUGCUGAACAGAUAUGCUGUGGAGGGGCGAGACCUGACUUUACAAUAUAACAUCUACAAUGUUGGCUCAAGUGCUGCAUUAGAUGUGGAAUUAUCUGAUGAUUCUUUCCCCCCAGAAGACUUUGGCAUUGUCUCUGGAAUGCUCAAUGUCAAAUGGGACCGGAUUGCCCCUGCUAGCAAUGUCUCCCACACUGUGGUCCUACGCCCUCUCAAGGCUGGUUAUUUCAACUUCACCUCAGCAACCAUUACAUACCUGGCCCAGGAGGAUGGGCCUGUUGUGAUUGGCUUUACCAGUGCUCCUGGACAAGGAGGAAUCUUGGCUCAGCGGGAGUUUGAUAGGAGAUUCUCACCCCAUUUUCUGGACUGGGCAGCCUUUGGGGUCAUGACCCUUCCCUCCAUCGGCAUCCCUCUGUUGUUGUGGUACUCCAGCAAGAGGAAAUACGACACUCCCAAAACGAAGAAGAACUGAAUGGGGCUUCCGCAGCCCUCCCCUCCCAAGAAAUAUCCAGGUGCUUUCCAGACUCCAAAGGGUAACCCAGAUGCAAUCCCUUCUUCCUUAGCCCUUGGCCAUUUUCUCCUAGAUCCUGCUCUGCUCUCAACCAGAGUGAAGGAACAGGCCCAGGAGUUUAUGAGAGCCUCCCUGGUUCCAUCCUGAAGCCAUACAGUGGGUUUUCGUAUAAACAGGAAUGCCUUUGGCGAUAGCCUGGGGCCCAGAGGGCCCUCUAGUGCCCCACUGAGGUGCUGUUGGGUAUAUUGCCAGCAACAUGAACUGUCAGAGGUCCAGGAGGGGGCACUUCGGAGACUGCCUGACACCACCCCUCCCCCCAUAUUCCACCCUUAGAAGAGGGAGGAAGAUGAAAUUAAAGCCGUGGGACUCUUGGAGGCUACCCAGCCUGUGUUCUGGUUUAGGGAAGCGCUUAACCAUAUGGGAUUUUCUAAUAAAAACAAAUGCCACACCAA